UGUAGACCCGACGCAUUGGCCUUUCCGAACCCCUUAUUUCUUCCAUUAAUUUUUUUUCUUUGCUUCUUUUCAACUUGGGCAACAAGCGAUGAACUCGUUAAAUCAAGUAGACGAACUUGUCAAAGAGUAUCUCUUGUUUCGCGGCUUUACCAAUACGUAUCGAGCUUUUGAGAAUGAGUGCCGCGUAGACAAGGACAAAAGUUAUCAGGUCGACAAGAUUCUCGACGAGUUGCUCGGUUACAUAUCCAAUAGCGAUAUUCAGCGUUUGAUCGAUUAUUACCGGUAUCUCGAUUUACGGUUUUUCUCGCGUCUGGAUAGUCGGUUUCAGCGCACGGUCAAAAAAUUCGAACUAUGCUUGUUGCGGCAUUAUCUGGUUUAUGCAAUACAACAUAAAAAACGUGACAAGGUGAUCGAGUUCUUUGAUCUCUACGGCCCUGAUUUACACGGCAAGCCCGAAUGGUCGCAAUGGUUCGCUUUGCCCUAUGUCAAGAAUCCGGCCACCGAUCCAACGUUUGAAACGUUCUUUUCGAAACAAUGGACAGACAAUUAUAUGAUAUCCUUACACAAUUUCCUGGCAACGACCUUCCAGUUUAUGCCUUUACCGAGUUUGUUAUCGUUCAACAUGGAUCGCGUUCAACGAAAAGUGCAGCAGACCGAAAUUGAAUCUCUGAAAAGUACAAUAGAAAACAUGAAAGCAGCUGCCGAAGCACGUGAAAACGAAGUCGCAAAGUUAAAGCACGAGGUUGCUGAAACUCGGCGUGAAAUGACAGACGGUAUCACCUUAAUUCGAAGGAGAGCUGCAUCUAUGACCAACGAGUUAAAGGCUGGUAACGGUGCAACAAAAUCCAAAUCGGCGUCGACUGACAAAGCCACAAGUACCAUCACAACAAUGAUGGCCGGUGGCGGCAGUAGUAUGGACAAGGCGGCAGCAACUUUAUCGGUGAACCAAGGAUCUUCUCCGUCGGAUCCAAACGGUAGCGCAGGCUCGGAUGUGAUUAUUGUGGAUGACGAAGAACCAUUUGUCGUUGUCAGCGAGGAAGAGUAUUCAGAGCACGCGUCCGCUAUUACUCAUGCAAAGUUCUCCAGCGAAGGCAAUCUCAUAGCAAGCUGUGACAUGGAUAAUAUUGUGAGAAUUUGGAGUCACAAGGGCCAAUCAUUCAACCCAGUGAAAAUCAACAACAAUUCCUCCAACAUUUUAUCCUUGGAGUGGGAAGCUCGCUCAGACCGUUUCCUAUUUCUCGGUACGGAUGUCGGAACCAUCCGAGUAUACAACGUGGAAAACAAAUCCAUAGUCCAAGAAUUCAAUAUGGAUUCCAAAUAUCCUUGGGUUACACACCUUUCAUGCAGUCCUGUCGAGCCAAUCUUCGUUUGCGCUGGAACGGGAAGCAAACUUUCUGCAGAAAACAAGAACCGACCAGGCGCUUUAGUUGCAUGGAGUAUGAAGAGUAUGACUGACAUUGGAACGUUCCGCUUUGAUUCUGCUGAGGAAGAUACUGGUGCGGAUAUCAACACAAUAACCUUGAAUCAUAAUGGUCAGAUGCUUGUUUCUGGAGAUCAUAAUGGAUUAGUGCGCAUUUUUGAUGUACGAAGCAUGAAAUCUAUUAUGGAAUGGAAAGACCCAUCUAAUCGACCCUGUUGCGUCGCCCAGUUCAGUUUUGACGAGAAUUCGAUCUAUACCGUCGAUUACAGCGGCCAGCUUUCACAGUGGUCCAUCCAUAAGCGUGGUGCUAGUCUAUCACAAACACAACUUGCAGGUUUUCCGCCACCUGCGGCAUUCCCAUCACCUGGUGGAAGUGAUUCUAUUGACUUGACGAGCAGCCAUUCAACUAGUACGAAAAAGCCAUCAGCAGGUGGAACAAAUACAGCAGCUGCAACACUCCCACCACGUCCAAAAUCGAAUCCAUCCACGUCCUCACGAUCUCGUCUUUCAAUCUCAUCCAGUCGUUCUACACGUUUACCCAGAAUUGCUGUGGAUGACAGCGUCACACAGUCCUUACUUUCCGUUUCUCCCCGACCUCAAAUGGUAGCAUUUAGUGCAGAUACCGACUUUUGUCUAUGUGCAUCAUCCUCGCUACUUGAUCUUAGCAGAGGCGUGAUUGCUUCGUCAUCUUCAUCGGUAUCGUCUUUGUCAUCAAUGAUGUCUGAGAAUAACGGCAACAACAGUAACAGCAAUACAACAACACAAGGAACCAUUUAUCGGGUUGCGGAUGGUCGACCGUCGCUACAAUUCGGUUAUCAGCCUAUUUAUCAAAAGCUGACAACAGUAGAUUGGACCAGCUCAUCUAAUACUUGCUUACUAGGCAGUGUAGAUGGCAGUGUCAAGGUCACCAAUCUGAUUAAAGUAUAAAAAACCCACCGCAUACCAUUGUAUUGUAGUAUACAGUAGUUGUACCUUUUCAAACAUCCCUUUUCUUUUCCUCCUAUUGCUUUUAUAUAUGAUACCUUUUCUUUUUUCCUCCAACGCGAACCCUUUAUAUAUCCUUCCCCUCACCUUCGUAUCUCAAUAUAGCCUCGUUGUAUGCUAUGUACUGUACAUUAGUAACUGCUCCUCUAUUCACUUGUUGAAUGUCUUUCACAAAGAUUCAAGUUACGAUCCACCUGUAGCGCAAUAGGAGGGUUAGGUUUCAAAGUCCUCGGCAGUAGUAGUGAUGGUAUCACCCAAUCCUGGAUAAUGUCUUUUGAAACUUUCGAAUACAUGUCCUUAUGUAGAUGGUCGAAGAACACUAUAUACUGUAAUUACAAG